AUGCACAACGUUCCAGAAGGAGCGGAGGGCUUGUCUAUGACGGAGUUUGUCGGAAAGUUGCUGCUGGACUCGUUGGAGCUUCCGUCAAGUAUGGAGCUGGAAAUCGAGAGAACGCACCGCGCGCUAGUCCUAAAACCUACCCAAGAUAAGCCACAUUCAAUAAUAAUUAAAUUCCUUCUGUACGUUACCAAGGAGGAGAUUCUACGAAACGCCUGGGGAGGCAAAGGUCUGGGCAAAGGCGGAGCCAAGCGGCACCGUAAAGUGCUCCGUUAUAACAUCCAGGGCAUCACCAAACCGGCCAUCCGCCGUCUGGCUCGCCGUGGCGGCGUCAAGCGGAUCUCGGGUCUGAUCUACGAGGAGACUCGCGGGAUGCUGAAGGUUUUCCUGGAGAAUGUGAUCCGGGAUGCGGUCACCUACACUGAACACGCCAAGCGCAAGACGGUCACUUCCAUGGGUGUGGUUUACGCUCUGAAACGCCAGGGCCGCACUCUCUAUGGCUUCGGCGGCUGA